UGGGCUGUGGUUAGGACAAUGUGACUGGACCGUGUAUAUUAUGCAUAUUCUGUGUCUAUCUAGCCCUUUCAGCUUCAUGUUUGUACCUAACAUGCAAAAUGUCAAACAUGCAAAAUAUGUAUCAGAAAUGUGAGGCAAAGCUUAUAGAUUCAAAAAAAUCAUGUGUUCAAGUGAGAAAGGUAUCGUGUGUCAAUUUUGAUGCUUAAAGUUUCUGUAGUGGAUCUUUUUUGGGUUGUAAAAAUUUGGUAACAGUUACCUGCGGGUCUACACUUCCAAGAAGAAAUCUGUUUUAAUCUACAAUGGCGCAAGAAGAACGGGAGCUGACGUACGAGAAGCGGGCCGACGCGGCGGAUAUGGCGGGCGAGGACUACGAGCUGCAGCUGUGCGCCCUGCUGGUGGUGCGGGCCGCCACCCACUGCCCGCGCGGCUUCUACCUGGCCAGCAACCACAGCCAGGCCGGCAGCUUCGACGACAUAGUGCUCUUCUGGCGGCAGGAGGUGGACGGCGGCGGUGCAGCGGCGUGGCGCGGGAUGCUGCUGCAGCUGAAGCACAAGCAGGCGGAGGCGCUGGGCCGCAAGGUGUUCCUGCCGGCGCCGCAGGACCAGAAGAAGGCCAAGGGCCAGGGCAGGAAGACGCCGCAGGCCAACUUCAGCCUGGUCGACUACUACGAUUCCUACCGCCAGAAGGUGCGGCCCGCGUGGCAGCAGAUGGUCAGCAAGAUCGGAGCCGUCCCACUCGAGCAGGUAACGGUCGGCAUAUUCACGAACACCGGCGUGAAGAAGAUGGACAUACGCGACGUGAACACCGCGCCCGACAUCGUGGACACUGGCGCUGUGAGAGGCGCCCAGGAGAUUUCCAGGAUCACGGAGGUCACCUUCUCGCUGGAGGAGGAGGACGUCGGCUGCUGCUUCUCGACCUGCGAAGACCUGAGCGACGCCGGCGAGUUCCUGUCCAGGUUCCGGCUCUUCUGCAACCAGGCGAGCCUGGAGAAGCUGCAGCAGCUGAUAAAGGACGAGCUGAUGGCGGCCUUGGGCACGGGCCCCGGGGAGUCCACGGACGGCGCCUGCGCGGCGCUGCUCUCGGGCGUCAAGGCGUGGUGGACGGCCAAGAAGGCGGCGCCCUACCUCACCGCCGACAGCGCCCUCUGGACCGACAUCGUCCUCGCCCAGCUGGCGGACCUCGGGGAGCCGCUCAGCGGCGCCGUGCGCGCGCUCGACCUCACGUUCACCGCAGAAGCGACCGACCCCUUCGGCCGAGUCUUCUCCACAGCGCCAGGCCGGCCGGUGGUGGUGGUGUGCGAGCGAGGUUGCGGUCUGCUGUCGGCGGGGAAGGCGCUCCAGGCCCUGCAGCCGGACAGGGGGCUGGCCGUGACCGCCGAGGCGGCGGAGCGCCGCCUGCCCGAGGUGGCGGCCGCGCUGUCCAGCCGCGCCUGCCGCUGGCUGCUGCUGCUCCAGCCGCACAGUGCAGACCCGCUGUCCGCCGCCGCCCGGAGCCGCCUGCUGGACGAGCUGCGGCGCCACCCCAAGACGCUCGUCCUCGUCACAGACGCAGACGGGGUGCCUCCUGACGCGACAGAGGGCUGGACUCGACACGACGACCAGUUCUCGCUGCUCCAGCUGGACACCGCGUCCCAGGAGCGGCUGCUGCAGAAGACCGUCAUCUUCCAGGGGCUGGACACGACUGUGGGGGACAUUGUCCAGGGCGACGGGCCGGAGCGGGUGCGGCGCGCGGCGCAGCUGCUCGGCGGGCUGCAGGUGCUGCGCCUGCUGAGCGGCGGCCCGCCGGCGGUGGGCGCCGCCCUGCGCGACGCGCCGCGCUACUUCGUGGAGCGGCCGCUAGAGCGGCGCCGCGAGCUGCGGGACGACGUGGUUCUGGCGCCGCCACCAGGCGCCGUGCUGGUGCUCGGCGGGCUGCCCGCCCAGCGCCGCGGCCAGGCGCUCGCCGCCGGCGCCAGCUUCUUCCGCGACGCCAUGAAGAGCGGCGGCGACAGCCCGCCGCCCGUCGUCCUGCUGCAGGGGAGGGAAUGGCCGGACGCGCAGUUCGAUCAGCUGUGCGAGAAGUGGGGCACGGCGGGCCGGUCGCUGCACUGGCUGUCCUGGCAGGACGGCGGCACGUGGCGGUGGGAGCGCAGCGUGGGCGACACGUGGGCGCUGCGCGGACACCUGGCGGGCGGCGGCUGGAGCGCUGAGUGGGCACGGGACGCGCUGGAGGCGGCGCCGGGGGAGCGCGCCGUCGUGCUGGAGGGGCCGCCCGGCAUCGGCAAGAGCACGCUGCUGGCGCACCUCGCCGCCGCCGCCAAGCGCCGCCUGCCGCACGCGCUCGUGGUGGUCGUCGAGCUGGGCAGGUACAGUCGCGAGCUGCUCGAGAGCCCUUUCCUGGACGCUGGAAGUGUGAAGAAGUUGCUGAAGUUGGCAGCCAAAAUUGACGACGCCGCCAACGACGGUCUGGACGGCGCCAUUUUCGAUUUCUGCCUGGACGUCACUGGGGAAGCGGUCGUGGUGCUCGACGGAUUCGACGAGAUCUCCCACUACGAGGAGCAGUUCGACAAGCUGGAGAAGGGCGCGGCGGCGCUGCGGGCGCUGCUGGACAAGACGCGCGUGCGCAAGGUGUGGGCCAGCACCCGGCCUGCCACCUGCCGGCCGAUCGAGGAGGCUGCGCGCGUUCUCGCCUUCCAGCUGCGCGGCUUCUCCGCCAGGGAGCAGCACAAGUUUUUCACGCUAUUCCUCGAGAGCACCGGCGCGAACGCUCACCUUCCCCAGGUGCUGCGGCAGGUGGAGGCCCUGCAGGAGCGGACGAGCCUGAGGCGGCAGGCGCUCAGCUUCCUGGAGGUUCCGCUGCACGCCGCCAUGCUGGCCGAGGUCGCCACCGGCGAGGACGGCUCGCAGGUGCUCUCCGACGGCGCUAUCGACCUGUGCCGCCUCUACGAGACGUUCUUCAACAAGAAGGCGGACAUCUACCAGCUCGAGAAGCGCAAAAUGGCCGUGCACGAGUCGCACACUGGCUGGGAAGCUGCAGCCGGUCGGGAUGCAUACCAGGAAACCAUCAUCGUCUUUGCUCUCAGGGCGCUGUUCUCGCCGGAGGAGGCGUCGCUGCUGCUGGGGGAGCUGGAGGGCGCGGACGAAGACGAGGACGAGGACGGAGAGGCGGCGCUGGCGGACGUGGCGGCGCACGAGCAGACGGGCAUCGUGUACGGCGCGGACGCGGGCAGCGGCCGGCCGCGCUUCGUGCACCGCACCUUCGCCGAGUACUUCGCGGCGCUCUUCUUCUGCUGGGGCUACCUGCCGCAGCCGCGGCGCCGGGCCCGCGCGCCCCUGCCGCACCGGCAGCCCUCGCACCUGCGCUGCUGCGCGGCCGCCGCCGCCGCGGAGGAGCGCCCGCGGGCCGUGCUGGCGGCCGCGCUCGCCAGGGACGACCUCGAGUUCUUCAGGGACAUGCUGGCCAGGAUGCUCUGCAAGGACAUGCCUCUGCACGUGGCGGUCAUCCAGGACGAGGAGGAGGAGGUGGUGCGGCUGGCGCAGCAGCAGGCUGCGGCGGCCACGGCGCCGGACACCGGGGGCCGCUCGCCGCUGCACCUGGCUGCCAUCUACAACUCGGCCAGGGCCGCCCGCGUACUGCUGGCGCAGGUGCCGGACGGCGCGCUGACGGCGGAGGACCGCGUGCUGCGCUGGCGGCCCCUGCAGUACGCCGACCUGCACGGCGCCUGGGAGGUGGCCGACGCGCUCCUCGCCUCCCACUACUCGCCCGGCGACCUCGCGCACACGAGGGACCGCCUCCAGAGGGCCGCGCCGCUCGCCGCGGACCUCCUGCGCGCGUUCGUGGCCAAAGGGCUCUGCAACCUGACGCGCUUCCUGGUGACGGAGUGCGGGGUGUCGCCGGAGAAGGUGACGGACGAGCCGCGGCAGCGCCGGCCGCUGCACGAGGCUGCGGAGGCCCGCGACGCGCGGAUGCUGCGCGUGCUGCUGGAGGUGGGCGCCGACGUGGACCCGCGAGACACCGGGGGCCGCACGCCGCUGCAGCUGCUGUGCGCGCAGGCGCACCCGGCGAGCGAAGACGAGCGCGCCGCCGUGGGGGCGGCCGAGGUGCUGCUGGCGGGCGGGGCGGGGGUGGCGGCCGCCCUCAGCCGCGCCGGCGCCGCCCCGCUGCACGACGCCGCCGCCAAGGGCUGCGCGCCGCUGCUGCGCUGCCUCCUCACCAGGGGGCAUGGAGUGACGCCGGAGACAAUGGUGUUCCCAAACAAGAAGGGCCAGACGGCGCUGCACGUGGCAGCGGCCAGCAACCGCACGGAGGCGCUGCAGGCGCUGCUGGAGCUGGGGGCGGACCCUGAGGCCGCAGCCCACCCACCGGACAAGACGGGAGCCACGCCGCUGCACAUCGCUGCCAGACACGGGUUCGUGAAGGAGGUGCGGCUGCUGCUGGCCUUUGGCGCCUCGCCCGGCGUCAGGGACCGUGCUGGACGGACCCCGCUGCACUACGCCACCACAGGCCAGUGCGUCGACGAGCUGGUGAAGGCGGGCGCCGACCCCAACCAGCCAUCCGAUGACGGGCUCACGCCGCUGUCUCUCGCCGUCGCCAACGCCUGCACCCCUAACCUGGUGGCGGCGCUGGUGCACCACGGCGCUGACGUCACAGCCGCUGACAGCGACGGCAACGCCGCCAUCUACGUGGCGGCGAGCACUGGAAGCACUCGCGCGGUAGCCAUAAUGAUGAAGAACAACAAGAAAGCUGGCGAAGAUGCGCUGUGGCGCGCCGUGGAGCGGUGUGACGCGCAGGCAGCGCUGACGCUGGUGGAGGCGGGCGACCUGCUGGAGGACGACUCGGAGCGGCUGCGGCUGCUGCACCGGGCUGCGACCUGCGGCGACGCCAGCGUCCUCGAGGCGCUGCUGUGCUACGGCUUCCCCGCCACAGCCGCAGACGCGGCCGGCCGCACCGCCCUGCACGCCGCCGCCGCCGCAGGGAGCAGCGCGGUGUGCGAGCUGCUGCUGCAGUACGGAGCGGACGUGCGCGCGCGCGACGCGCAGGGCCGCCAACCCCUGCACGACGCGGCCAACGAGGGGACGGCGCAGGCGCUGCUGGGCGCCGCUGGGGUGGAGGCGGACGCGCGCGACCUCAGGGGCCGCACGCCUCUGCACGCCGCCUCCGCCGACGACCGCCACGACGUCGCCAGGCUGCUGGUGAGCGCUGGGUGCGACGUCGAGUCGCGGGACUGCGAGGGCAACACGCCGCUGCACGCCGCCGUCGACGCCAACCGCGUGAGGCUGGUGCGACUCCUGCUGGAGGCCGGCGCGGACCACAGGGCCAGGAACAGCCAAGGGCAGCUCCCGCUGGACUUGGCUCGCAGGCUAGGCGGCAAGGCGAGGAAGUACGAGGCAAUAUUCGAGAAGGUUGCUGCCUCAAGGAAGAGACUUGCAGAUGCUAAGAAAUGAAAAGCAAUAUAUAAGGAGUACCUAAUAAAAGAUAAUGAUAAAUCA